AAAACUAGCCAAAUGUAAGAAAAAACAAAGUGUGGCUCCAGAAAGUCCACAAUCAGGUAUUCGAAGAAACACUAGAAAAGAUGUCGUUCGCCGUGAAUUUCUCCCCGUUGCCGCUCCGAUCACCGGAAACAACCACCGGCGGCAAUAAAUUCCCAAAAUCCACCUCAUCCUUCACCAGAAAUAGACCCAUGUUAUCAUUUGCCGCUACCAAUUCAACUGAAGAACCACAAACCACCACACCAGAGAUUGAGCUCGAAUUUAUUGGGCCGAAAGCGGGCGGAGAUGGGAAGUAUCCGGUGGACAGAGCGUCGGCGGUGAGCGGAGAGAAGCUGCUGAGGACGAUAAUGGCGGAUAACAAGCUUGAGCUUUACGGGACGUAUGGAAAACUUAUGAACUGUGGAGGCGGUGGAAGCUGCGGCACUUGCAUUGUGGAGGUUGUAGAAGGAAAGGAGCUUUUAAACGAGAGAACAAAUACCGAACUUAAGUACUUGAAGAAGAAACCCGAGUCGUGGAGGUUAGCUUGCCAGACUAUAGUCGGGAACAAAGAGAACUCCGGGAAGGUAGUUAUUCAGCGGUUACCUCAACAGAAGAAGAAGUGAUAUGAAGAAUAUGUAUCAAAGAUAUAUUCCAGAGAUACCCUUGUGAAUAAAGUUCACAUAGUCAAUUAAUAUUUUUAAAUAAGUUAAUUAUUUGAUUAUUUUGAGCAUGGGUAUUUGAUUAA